CGCAAUUGACAUGGGCCACCAGCAGCUCUACUGGAGCCACCCGAGGAAGUUCGGGCAGGGGUCGCGCUCCUGCCGCAUCUGCUCCAACUGCCACGGCCUGAUCCGCAAGUACGGCCUCAACAUGUGCCGCCAGUUCUUCUGCCAGUACGCCAAGGACAUUGGCUUCCUCAAGCUCGACUGACCCACCCACGGAAGAGGACCGCUGACCACGGGGGAGCUGCCCCGCCCCGGAGACCCUGGUGGGGGGAUGCACUAUGGGGAGGGGGCUCGGCUCUCCCGGCCUGGCUUCCCCCACCCGCACACGCUUUGGUGCACAUAAAAUAAAGAGAUUGUGAGCGAGGAA